AACAAAAGCGAAAUUUUCAAAUAGAUUUAGCACAUAUUUAGCAUCGCUGGAUUUAGCAGAAGAUUUUGAAGUUAUGGCAGAUGAUGCCAGCUGUUAUGUUAUUAAAAUGAACUCGCCUCGGAUUGGGGGCUAUUCGAAUGCGAAACAAGAACAAUACAGCCAAUAUCUUCGAAAACUCCAUGAGGAUUUUAUAGAAACUUGGAAUGCAAAAUCACCAGAUAAUGCAAAGUUAGUCGACUUUGUAAAACAAAAAGUAUUAGGCACUGGUGCUUUUGGUGUGGUUUACUUGGCAAAGCAUAUCGCUACAGGCAGAUACUAUGCAAUGAAAGUAUUGGAAAAGGAGAAGAUAGUAAAAUUAAAGCAAAUCGAACACAGUUACUAUGAGAAGAAAAUCCUUUCAGCUCUUAAUUUUCCCUUUUGUGUGUACAUGAAAUACUUUUUCAAGGAUAACGUUUAUCUUUACUAUAUUUUACCAUUCAUACCCGGUGGCGAAAUGUUUUCUCACUUACGAAAAUUAGACACCACAAAACGAUUUGGGAAUCUGAAAAAUGGCGUCUUGGAUUUUAAAAAUCACAAGUGGUUUAGAAAUAUUGAUUGGGACAGUUUAUUGAACUGUCGGAUUCCGGCACCUUUCCAACCGAAAAUACGAUCAUCUGGAGAUACGUCGAAUUUCGAAAGUUUUGAUGAUGAGAAAAUUAAAGAAAGUCUAGUAUGUUUGUACGAAGAAGAGUUCGCUGACUUUUAACGUGAUUUUCAAUAAUUAUUUAUUUUUAUUUUAACUUAUUUUUUAAUUGUAUCGGUGUUAGGAUUUUGCGAUUAAUUUAAGUUUCAAGUAAGUGUGUUAUGAAACUUGCAUGAUAUAUUUUCAUAUUUUUUGCUUUUUAAUAAUUGAGUGUAAGCACCUGUACAAUUAUGUAUUCUGAGGUGUAA